AUGAUCCAAACCACAUGCCUCACCGCGACACGGUCCAACUCCGGCUGCAGCCAAACGUACCGAGAGGCCGCGCACCGGUCCAGACUGAGCCACGGUCAUGUCUUCGGCUGCAUAACGUACACCACAGAGCUAGUUCAGAAGGCCCGGUCCGGCCCGGUCCUCAGGGUUCAGAAGGCCCGGUCCUCAGGGUUCAGAAGGCCCGGUCCUCAGGGUUCCGAAGGCCCGGUCCUCAGGGUUCAGAAGGCCCGGUCCUCAGGGUUCAGAAGGCCCGGUCCUCAGGGUUCAGAAGGCCCGGUCCUCAGGGUUCAGAAGGUCCGGUCCUCAGGGUUCAGAAGACCUGGUCUUCAGGGUUCAGAGGGCUCUGUCCUCGGGGUUCAGUCUCGGUCCUCAGGGUUCAGACUCGGUCCUCAGGAUUUAGAAGGCCCAGUCCUCAGGGUUCAGAAGGCCCGGUCCUCAGGGUUCAGAAGACCUGGUCUUCAGGGUUCAGAGGGCUCUGUCCUCGGGGUUCAGUCUCGGUCCUCAGGGUUCAGACUCGGUCCUCAGGGUUUAGAAGGCCCAGUCCUCAGGGUUCAGAAGGCCCGGUCCUCAGGGUUCCGAAGGCCCGGUCCUCAGGGUUCAGAAGGCCCGGUCCUCAGGGUUCAGAAGGCCCGGUCCUCAGGGUUCAGAAGGCCCGGUCCUCAGGGUUCAGAAGGUCCGGUCCUCAGGGUUCAGAAGACCUGGUCCUCAGGGUUUAGAAGGCCCGGUCCUCAGGGUUCAGAAGGCCCGGUGCUCAGGGUUCAGAAGGCCCGGUCCUCAAGAAAGGAAGUGGUGGAUUCUGUACCUGCCAUAUCCGAGAUGCUAGAACGUUGGCCUGCUCUUUUUACAGAAGAUCAAGUGUGUAUGGAAUUCAACAGAAUUGUGGGCAAGAACUUGAAGAAAGAGUUCUAUGGCAACAUUGAUAAACACAGUUCUUGUCUCAUCGAUAUUUUGCGGUCAAAGAGGGGGAACAUCGGCCACGUCUUAACAGAGCUUUUACAACAGACAAAGACUGCAGAGCCAACUGACAUUCGAACACUGGUGCUCAGAGGGCUUCCAGUUAUUCUGGGGGACAAGCACAAAGAUUUCUUCAAACAAGGCUUUGACUCUGACAAUGACUCCCUCUGCAAUAUCGACAUUGGCAUCCUUCUUGUGGAACCGGAAGGGACUGUACCCAACUCUUCUCAUCUCAAUCCCGCCUCGCUAAAAAUCAUCAUUGAGGAGCAAGUGGUGAUGGACAAAAUAGAGGACUUACCGAAAGCUAUGUGCCUUCUCUUUGGUCUUUCCUAUGCUCUACAUCUGAACUACCCCAAGUCCAUGAAAGCAACGUUCCAAUUCAUCCAACAGGUCCUCCUGGAACUUGGUCACAACGAACUUAAACCUAAGUUGCAGUCACUCAAAAACCAGCUUGUGAUGUAA